AUGGCUAAAGACAGCGACGAUGACCUUCAUCAGAAAUCAAAAUCCAAGGAUUUCUGCUUUCAUAUAAUUCCCGAGACUGAUGAUGAAUCCUCUCAAGGGAUCGCCGAAACGUCACCUAACCCUGUAUCUCACAAGAAGAGUGAUUAUCCAGAUGUUUGGAUUCACACACCUUUAAGUGAUAGCAGUAUGGCUGCAAAUGUGCAUUCUCUGAAUUAUCAGAGUUCAAUUCAAGCACAUAACCUUACUUAUCACGAGCAGAAUCUAACCAACGCAGAAAACAUUCCCCAGGAUGUUUUAGAUCAUGCGGCCGAAGCCGAGGCUACUCUUAUUCCUAAAAAAUCGAGAGCAGUGUAUGAUAGAACAUACAAUAAUUUUCGCUCUUAUAUUGAUGGCAAGAAAAUUCGGGGAGUAAACGAAGUUGUUCUGCUGGGGUAUUUCAACAUGCUGGCUAGAGACGAAAACAAAGCACCAGGUUCACUUUGGGCUAUUUAUUCGAUGUUGAAGAAAACUCUCUAUAAUUCCACACAUCAGAAGAAAAAAGCUACCACGUUCACAGACGAACAAAUCGCUAAGUUUCUGCGAGAUGCCCCAGACAAUACUUAUUUAGCAACAAAGGUGGCAUUGAUUCUGGGACUUAAUGGCUUAUGUCGUCGAAGUGAGCUGUACAAUAUCACACUUGACGAAAUGGAGGACCAUAAAACCUGCAUGAACUUUACUCUGACAAAAACCAAAAAUGGGACUGAUCGUCAAUUUUCUGUGACUGGAGAGUUUUAUAAUAUUUAA